AGUUCCACGUGUAACCGUUCAUCCAACGAUUUUAUUAAGCAAUUUCUAAUUUUAGCACUCGUGAUAUAAUUUUUUUUCCAAAUCUGGGCUUUAAAAGAUAGUUGCCAAUAAUUAGAUUCACUUCAAAUUAUUUUUUGUGAACUUGUAUGUCCUAUAUUUAUCUUUAGUUACAAAACUGCAAAGUACAUCAGCUUUAUCGUGACACAAUGUCGAAUAAACUGUACAUUUGGGACGAACAAAUGCAAAUAACCGCAGCUCCCGAAAAAAAGCCUUUUAUUCGUGAUGACAAACCGGAUGAAAUGAAUACCGAUCGGAAUAAGACGGAAGAACGUGGCGGAUGGGGGAAUAAAUUGGAUUUUUUAAUGUCUUGUAUUAGUUUAUCUGUAGGAUUAGGGAACGUUUGGAGAUUUCCGUAUUUGUGUUAUAAAAAUGGCGGAGGUACAUUUUUGAUAACUUACCACAUCGCAAUGAUAUUUUGUGGAAUACCAUUAUUUUUUCAAGAAGUAGCCGUAGGUCAAUAUCUGGGAUCAGGCGGGAUGACUUUCGUUGGUCAACUUUGUCCCAUUUUCAAAGGCGUCGGGUACGCCACAAUGACCAUUGUAUUCUUAUUGGAUGUUUAUUAUUGUGUCAUUAUAGCAUGGACGUUAUUUUAUAUUUAUAGUAGUUUAAGUAGUACAUUACCUUGGGCUACAUGUGAUAACUGGUGGAACACCGAUAAUUGUUUUGUUAGAGACAAUUCGACGUUGAAUACGACAAAUAUAACCAGGAUAUCUUCGUCUCCUGUGGAAGAGUUUUUCGAUCGUAGAUUAUUGAAUAUAACAUCGGGUUUGGAGGAAAUAGGGGGAAUUCAAUGGAAUAUUUUUAUAGCUCUUUGUAUUGGAUGGAUAUUUGUUUAUACGAUUUUAAGGAAAGGAUUACACCAAAGCGGAAAGGUGGUGUGGUUUACGGCCUUAUUUCCAUACGUAAUACUUCUAAUUAUGUUAGUUCGAGCUGUGAUGUUGGAGGGAGCUAGUACUGGUUUACUUUAUUACGUUACCCCUCGUUGGGAAGCUCUUCUUACUCCAGGACCGUGGAUGGACGGAGCGUCACAAAUUUUUUUCGCUUAUAGUAUUGGUUGCGGCGCAUUACCAGCAUUGGGAUCUUAUAAUAAAUUCCACCACAAUUCUUAUAAAGACGCUGUGAUAACUUGUAUAGUAAAUACCAUGACUUCUGUGAUAGCUGGAAUAGUAACUUUUUCGAUUUUGGGACAUCUGGCAUUAGAACAAGGUACAGAUGUCGGAAAUGUAGUUAAAAGUGGACCAGGUCUUGUAUUCAUAACUUAUCCACAAGUUGUUUUAAAAUUACCUGGUUCUUCUUUUUGGGCAGCUACAUUCUUUUUUAUGUUGUUGUUGUUGGGUAUUGACAGCGAGUUUUGCUUAGUGGAAUCUUUCAUUACCGGAAUCUUGGAUAAUUGGUCGCAGAGUCUACGACCCCAUAGACAUUUAUUUACUGCAGGAGUUUGUUCCAUUAUGUUCCUACUUGGUAUACCUAUGAUAACACAGGGUGGAAUGUAUAUUUUCCAAUUAAUGGAUUAUUAUUCCGCAAGCGGCAUGUCACUAUUAUGGGUUUGCUUUUUCCAAACCAUAGCAAUUUCAUGGUUCUUCGGAGUUGAUAGGUUAGCAGAUUGUAUACAAACAAUGAUGGGUGUAAAACCUGCGUUAUUUUGGAUGAUUUGUUGGAAGUAUAUUACACCAUUAGUCAUGGCUGUGAUUUUUAUUAGUCAAUGUUUUGAAUACCAAAGACUUUAUUAUGGUAACUACGAAUAUCCUUUAUGGGCUGAUAUUAUAGGGUUAGGACUAAGUUUUUCUUCGAUGAUGUGGAUUCCAGCAUAUCUAAUAUAUUAUAUUUCGAGUCAACCUGGCAGUAUUAUUCAGAAUUUCAAAAAUGGUAUAAAAUCGACCGUGGCCCAAAGAAAAAUUUCAAUUUGUGAUAAAAGUACUGGAGAGUUACUAGCACAAAGUUCGAGUAAUGUCAUAUGAAAAUUUUUGUCAAAAACAACGCAAACAAAACUCUGGCCCUAUAUUGGAUUCAGAGCAAUGCAGUUGUUGACUGUGUAAAUGAUUUUACCUAAGGGAUUCCAAAGUAUUAUAUUUUAUUAAAUUUUAACUAAUUAAAAAGUUUAUGAAAUA